AGAAGACGAACGGAGCUCACACGUUAGCCACCCCAGUGGAUAGGAGUGUUGUUGUGGACUUCUUUCCCUACAAGAUAUCUCUAGAGAACUACGCCUGUCAGCUCUUACUGUGAGGUGACACCGAGUGAUGGAAUUGCUCCCGAUUCUUGACCCAGAAGACGAACCACGAGAAAGACAGUGGUAUGCCUUGGUACCCAGAGGUGAGGGUCCCGGGGUGAGCGUUGGACACACUUGCACAUACCUACCGUCUGCUGAGGGAGGCAAAGGAAGAAUUCUGAUUGUUGGAGGAGCCAAUCCAAACGGCAGUUUCUCCGAAUCCCAUGUAAUAAAUUUAGACGAUCAUGAAUGGGACGUGCCGGAGUGGGCGGGGCUGGGAGCGCGGUACGAGCACUGUUCCUUCGUGUCCGACAGUGCUCCACACAGUCUGUGGGUGUUUGGUGGCGCCCAGCAGGCUGGAAACCGUAACUGCAUCCAGGUGUUACACACGGCAGAUAACCAGUCAUGGAGAAGUGUGCAGGUGAAAGGUGUCCCACCGUCACCGAGGACUUACCACACCAGUUUAGCCUGUGUGGGAGACAGACUGUUUGUCUUCUCUGGGGGGGAUUCAGGGACCACUCCGGUUUCAGAUGCCCAGCUCCAUGUCUUUGACACAGUGACGUCUACUUGGUCACAGCCAGAGACCAAAGGGAAACAGCCCUCUGCGAGACAGGGCCAUGUGGUCGUUGCCGUGGGAGACACAAUUUAUGUUCAUGGUGGGAUGGCAGGCGGAAAGUUCCAUAACGAUCUCUCCUCUUUGGACACUUUGAACAUGCGGUGGGAACGGAUAAAGGCUAAAGGUGACCUUCCGCCAGGACAGGCUGCACACUCAUCUGUGGCUUUUGGAAAGAACUUUUUCAUCUUUGGCGGACUGACGCCAGAAGGGGCGACCAAUUCCAUGUACAGAUUCCAAUGUGACAAACAUCGCUGGACACUAAUGACCUUUGACGGGGACCUGCCCCCUAACAGACUGGACCAUUCGAUGUGUGUGGUGCCGUGGCAUGUUAGGGCGGACGUCAGCGGAGAAAGGGAUGCAGAGAAAAACCCUCAAACGCGGACAGUUCAUCUUUGCUUUGUUUUUGGAGGCAUGGACACUCAGGGAGAAAUAUUUAAUGACUGUCUAGUGACUCUACUGACAUGACUCUUGUUUUGUUU